AUGGGGAAAGGCGCAAUGUGCCAUGCUUGGGAUCGACACGGACUAAAAAUGGGGUUUGAGUUUAAAGUGUCGCGCGAGCAAUUGCGCAAAGCUCUUUCUCCGAGCUUCUGGCUUGAUCACUGUUGGCCAGCAUCGCGCAAAUAUUGCUUCUCUCUGCUAUUCAUCGCAGUGAUCUGUGCAAAAAUCCUCCACAUUUACUCGCAUCUCAAGUCAUUACCCGUCCCGCAGUUGUUGAUCUGGGGUCCGACGUUCUUUUUGCAAGAUGUGCUGUGUAUUCUGAUCACGUUUGCCCUGUGUGCCAAUUUUGAGAGCCGAUGGUUGCGUGCCAUAGCCGCUUUGGUGGUCAUCCCUGCUAGUUUGGGAAUAUCCGGGUUAUCGGCCGCCAACAUAUCCUUCUACGUCGCAACUGGAGCGGAGAUCCAUUGGCGACAAGCGCAUAACUUCCACGGUGACAAGGCUGCAGUCAAGACGCUGCUGACGGGCUUGACUGGUUUAUUCAUCGUUGAGAUUCUCUUCAUCGGCGCCGCCUGGUUUUCGACACCCCACUUGUUCAACUUCAUCAAGGGAAUUGUGGGGGUUCUUAAGAGCGUCCUGCCAAAGGCCUGGCGCAGGGAAAAACAGUCUCCCAUUUUGAAAAGCUAUGAGCAAGUUGCUCCAGAAGACUGGGAGGAGGACCGGACUGCGUCUGACUCGAGUUUAAUAGCCAAAGAACCAGGGCAGAUACCACAGGAAACGCGGCGUUCUAUCUGGCUGCAGGCUUUGGUAUUCGGGUGCACUGCCUUUGUGGUGAUCUUGCGGUGCCUCCGCCCAACCAAUGCUUCAUACAACUUUUUAUCCGCGACAGUGAUUAUCACGCCGUUUGACAAGAGUCAACCUCAAACUCAAACAUCCGUUCGUCUCCCGAAGCUGUCAGGAGACUACAGUUGGUUGGGGAAUCACACAGCCCUCGCUGCACCGCCUGUGUUUGACUGGCUGCCGCAAGAGAAAUUGGCUGGGUUCACUGACUGGUACGAGGAUGCGAACCACACCGCUCGAGUGCAUUAUGACCCAGCACACGACCCUCUGCAUAUCUCUAAUCUUGAGAAUGAAGUCCUUGAAUCGCUCCGCAAAUCCCUUCAGGGUGGUAGCGUCAACAUCAAGCAUGUGUUGCUCUUGAAACUAGAGAGCACCCGAGCAGAUGUUUUCCCGCUCCGGAAGGAAUCUUGGUUUGGCGAUAUGAUCCAGAAGUCUUUCCACAAUGGCAAACUCCCCGCUGAGGUUGAAGACAGGCUGGCCAAUUUGACACCGACUGCAGAGAGACUCACUGGUACUUCUUCUGGGUUCAAUGGAAACAAGACUGUACAACCCUAUGGUGGAUUUCAUGCAACCAACGCCUAUACGGCGGAUACAUUCACACUGAAAAGUAUCCUGGCGACGGUAUGCGGCAUUGAUCCAUUGGUGGUGGAUUUCAACCGAGAAUACCUGCACCAUAUCUACCAACCAUGCCUACCACACGUUCUGGAGGCUCUCAACGCCCAGUUCAACCAGACUGAAAAGGCUACGGAGAAGCACAAUUACACUUCUUGGCCAUGGCGCACGAUGUGGAUGCAGUCCAUCACCGACGAUUACGACAACCAGAACCUUCUAACACCGGCUUUGGGCUUCCAGGAUGUCGUGACUGACCUCAACAUCACUCGUGAUCUAGAGAAAGCAGGUGGCCCUAUGCCAGAUAAGUAUAACUUCUGGGGAUACCCGGAGAGGGAGCUUAGCGGUUAUUACCGCAGGGCCAUUGAAGCGGCAGAGGAAAAGAAGGAACGAUUGUUCAUCUCACAUUUGACUGGAAUCACCCAUCACCCUUGGGACACACCCCAUCAGGAGUACGAGGAAAUGAUCAGCCACGGCCCUUGGGGAAAGAACAAGAAGGUGAACCGCUAUCUCAACACUCUCGGCGUAGCGGACAAGUGGCUCGCUGAGUUGUUGAAUGUCCUUGAGGAAACAGGCGUCGCCAAUGAGACUUUGGUCGUGAUGGUCGGCGACCAUGGAAUCUCUCUCCCCGAAAACAGUGGUGUUACCCCCUACGACAAUCCCCACGUCGCCAGCUUCCAUGUUCCGCUAGUAUUCGCCCACCCCCAACUACCAACUAUCGAGAUCAAUUCUCGAGUCUCGUCAAAGCAAAUUCUCCCAACAAUCCUCGACCUUCUUUCCGAAUCCGGAUCCCUCGACGAUCAAGCAAAAAAAGUCGUAAAAGAUCUACUCCCCUUGUACGAAGGCCAAUCAAUGAUCCGGCCCGCAAUUCCCGAAAAGGACGGGAAGCAAGACUGGCAGUUCUCCGUCAUGAACACCGGAGGUACAUGGCUUGCCAUGCGGUCGGCGGCAAAGCCCUACCGGCUGAUUAUCCCACUCAUCUCUGAUGUCGAAUGGCGAUUCUCAAAUGUCGAGAUCGACCCCCACGAGGUGGAUGCACUGCAAGAUUUCAACCUUCUCAAUUUGAUGGAGAUGGUUUCACGAGAGCAUGGUGAAGAAGCUGUUCAGUGGAUUAAUGAUGCUGCUCAUGUGACUAAGUGGUGGGUUGAGGAGAAUUGGCGGCGCUAUGAAUAUGUGCCUUGA